AUGAAAGAAGAAGAGGAAGCUGCCAAUUUGAAGAGGGAUGAAUCUGUGCACACAGGACUGUCACUCGAGCACCCCGUCGACGACCCUGCCAUCAGAGAUGCUCUGAUGAAAAGAGCCGAGGCAGAAGCAGCACAAUGGCAAAUGGAUGAAGAAACUGCAAGAGCCUGCCACAACAAAGAAGCUGUCAACAAGACAGUCACCAUGAAGAAGCCUUUCCCUCCUUCCUCGGAUGUUCCCAGCAACAAUGUGAGAGUGAAUCAACAGCAGCAAAAAGAAAGUGAACCCAAACAGCAAGAUGACCACGAAGAAAUCAUGAAAAUUGUGGCUGAUCAGGCUAGUUUGGUGACAGCACAAAUUUUGAAGGAAGACCAAGAUUUGAAGCAAGAUCACAAAACUACUGGCAACAAAGCUCCGCUCAGCGACACUCAACAAAGCCACCAGCUGUCGUUUUCUCCAAAGGGACAGACAGACGCUUAUAUGAACGUCCUGCUGCAAAUGGCGACUGACAUCAAUGAGGCUGCCAAAAUGGAAAAAUUUGAAACUGCAGUCAAUACGUGUAAUGAUCGACACCGGCAAAGUACAGAACUUGCAGCAGCACUACCAGCAGCACUACCAGAACCUAACCCACUACAGAGGCAACAGCAUCAGCCAUCGAGACCUGGAGCCUACAUGGGUGUACCGGGAGAGGCUAUGCAACGUGCAACUACCCUACGGUUCUCGCUUGUUGGUGCCAGUGCCGCUGGUGAGGGUGAGCCAUUAGUGCAGAUAGGCGAUCCAGGCGAUUCCUCUGCACUGGCCGAAUCACAGGAUGCUGGAAAACCCAACAGCAGCAGCAGCACCACCAACAACAACAACAACAUUCCAUCAGCAAAUGACCCACACUUGGACUUGGCAGUGGCAAAUCUUGUUCUAGAAGAUCCAGAGGAGGAACCAAAUAUGCCCUCUGCAGAUCCUGUGGAUCUACAGCAUGUCCUGCAGAGAGAACAAAAGCGGAAGAAACAGAGACUGAUGUUUAUUCUUUUCUUUGCCAUCUUGUUAAUUGUGGCAGCAGUCAUUGUGGGAGCUGUGGCAGGAACCCAAAAGAACGAGCCAGAAGAAGUGUACUCGCCAUCAACAGAUGCUCCGACAGUUUAUGGCUCCAUGGCUCCUUCUGAAGUGCCAUCAUCUGCCCCCACUGGGGUUCUAGAAUUGCUAUUCGAUAUUCUCCCUGACUACACUUUGGCCAGCAUCAACAACGGCAGUGAGACUCCCCAGUGGAGAGCAUGGCAAUGGCUAGCCAAUCACCAAAACAUCACGAACUUGCCUGAAUGGAGAAAGACCCAGCUCUUUGCUCUGGCAACAUUCUUCUAUGCCUUUGAGGGAGACAAUUGGUACCAUUUAGUAAAAGGCCAUGGAUGGAUGGACGACACAGUCGAAGAGUGCGACUGGUUCUCCAGUGGGUUUGGAUUUUUUGACUCCACUGAUUCAUUCUAUGAAUAUAUAUCACCUGUACCUCCCUGCAACAGCCAAGGACAAUUCACAUCUCUGGAUUUGCAAGAGCUGCAACUCUUGGGUCUUUCCCCGUACCUACCACCUGAAAUUACGCUCCUGACUUCCUUGUCUUUUGUAGACUUUUGGAGCAAUGACAUUGCUGGACCAAUUUCAUCUCUGUUACCAACAGAGCUCUAUGAGAUGACUGGAUUGACACAUUUGAGUUUGAAGGGAAAUCAGUUCACUGGCAAAAUACCCUCUGAGAUUUCACUUUUGACUUCUUUGACCCGACUUUACUUGGCAGAUAAUCAAUUGUCCGGCUAA